AUGGAAGCAGCGCGCGAAGCCCAUCAAAAAAGCACUGGGCAUGCUUUUUGCAAACUGUGCAACCGCCACUUUGACAACGAUACCCAGCUGAAGCGUCAUGAGAAGGAUUCGCAUGCUGUACAGUUUCACUGCUGUCUGUGCGACAAAGACUUUGUCAAUAACACUGCUCUGGUCCAACAUCUGGCAGACAAGAUACAUCCCAUCUCAGAGGCGAGCUACCGAUGUGAGGCAUGUGAUCGGACCUUUAGGAACCAAAGAUCUCUGGAACAACAUCAGCUCUCACCAGCUCAUAGGCCCCUCGCAAAUCUCACCUGUCUGACUAGGAGCUGCCCUGUUAGGUUCAACUGCCCAUCAGCUCUGAUACAUCACCUGGAAAGUGGACGCUGUUCGUCGGGCUGGUCACGGCAAAGCAUCAACUCCGUGCUGCACCAGUAUGAUAUCAAUCGAGUAAUCACUAGUGAGACCGUGUCUCUCGAGACUUCAACGGCACAUCCUCUCGAAGAUAGCUCGUCUACAUCGUCAGGCAGCCCCAUCUUAACACCGUCUGAUUCGAGCAUGCUGGACGGUGAUGAAUGGAUGGCAGUUGCCCACCCCAAUGAUCAAGCGGGCAAGUUGCAAGUGGCUCAGGCCGAGCUCCAAACGUCUCUACACUGUUUCUUAUGUGCUGAAAAGGGAAUUACGCGUGGCUUCAAAUCAUUGAAAGCGCUUCAGGAUCACAUGUCCUCACCAGCACACGAGAGUCGAUCAUUCAAAUGUCCCCUAGCUUUUACUGUCGACGGAUGGGAAGAAAGUGCUGUACAUUCCCGUACUUUUACCACUCUUAGUGGUUUGACGCAACAUUUGGAGAGCGCGAGAUGCCGUGGAGGAAAGCCCACCCUGUGGAAGCUCUUGGAUUACCUGAAAACUGACAUUUUGAGAGUUGAAUGGCCAGGGCGGUUGGUUCGAGAUUAGUCCAGGCGUUUGUCGUGUGUCAUUGCCUCGUUAAAAUGUAUGGGCUUUAGAGGAAUGUUAACUAUUUACAAGCAUAUUCUUACGCUCGACGUUGAAAAAAAACAACCCUCAAUAAUCAUCAUUAUAGUUUCCAGUGGAUUAUAUACAAGCUCACGUUGGUCGGCUAACGAUAUGCCAUGAUGUGGAGCGAGAUUCUUGACUGAUGACCGAGAACGACAACGAGGGGCAAUCAAAGUGAUAGUGUAAUUAUGGUACAAUACAGAACAUUAACAUCCGGGUAGCUUUGGUUUGGGUCUGUUUCGCAUCAGUUUCUAAAAAUAUGUAAGUUGCAG